UACUUUCCCAAAAUGCAACGGUGCAGGAAGUGGGCGGGGCUUGUUAGGCGCGCGUUGUCAAGAAAAUAAUUUGAACGAAAAGAUGGCGGAAGCACCUUCGUCCACAGACCGAGACGGUUCCUGGUCUGGAGCCGCUGUGGAAGCGACCACUGAGGUCACGCUGUCUCCCAAACGGUGUCAGUCCCCCAGUGCCCCAGAUGGCGUCCCCAAACAAAAGUCACCUCGCAUUGAAACGCUGUUACCCAGCACGCUCGAUGCCGGAGAAGGGCAGCCUGACGUAGACAGGCUACAAAUGGCGUCCGGAAGUACGGAGGAACCAGAGGGUUGUUCAUCUGGGAACAGGACUACGCGGAGGAAGUCCUGGAGACGAGCCACCAUGACGAGACGCUCUCUGUCUGCGCUUCCCAACCCGCAUCAGAAUUUGUGUAAGAACAUCAGCACAUCCUUAUCACAACGAGAGAGGUUGAGUAUGUUGAUGGAGGCUGCGAUGAAGCUGGCCACGGAGAGACUCCAGAAUUCACUCCAGUCAUUACCAAAUUCCUCACCAGCAUCUUUUCAGAAACAAGUUGGCAAAAUGAAGGAAAAAUGCAGUGCUAUGGCCAAAUGCAUAAGCAGUGAGCAACAAAGUCAAAGGACUGGUGAGCUUGCAGUGCAGAAAGCGACGGUGUUUCAAAAUACAAUUAAUAGGAUUCAAGCUGAAAGUCAAUCAUGGGAAGCACUCGCACACAAACACCAGAGCAAGGCAGAAGAAUUGGAAAGGCAACUGGCCCAGGGCCAAAAGAAAGUCAUCUCAGUCGACCACACGUGUAUUGCCCAAUCUUCACAAUAUCAGUUGAUCCGGAGUAAACCCGACUACCGCGCCCUCCUUAGUAGACAACCGUCCAUGCUGCACAAAAUAACACUUGCUAUGGACGUUCAGUACAAGAUUGUGAGAGAGCUCGAGUACAUACAGGAGCUGUUACAGUCGAUGGUGAAAGAGAUCAGUGGCCGAUUGGCACAUCAAGCAGGAUUUCAUGAUCAUUCUCUGCACCUCAUUAAGGACCUAAUCGGGGCACUUACUACAUCUGCAAGCACAGUCACAUUAAAGGGAGGCGAGCCCUCAAUUGGACUUUUUUAAAAUAGCUGUCAAUGAAGAAAGUGUUUUUUUUUUUUUUCCUUUUUUGUUCCGCCUGUUUUUUUUUUUUACUGCACAAAACUUAAACUCUUACGCUUGUACAUAUGUAGUAUUGUUGAUGAAAUUCAAAUAUGUGUCCAGCAGGUGGCAGCGGCUGUCUUGCAUAAUAUUGUUCAAAGGAGGUUUCAGUUUUACUAAAUGCCUUUUCACCUUUUUUUUUUAGAAAAAAAAGAGAAACCUCAAAGACUUGACUGUCAUGAGAACUUAAGGCAGGUAAAAAUAAAGAAAAGUGGACAAUAUUAGUGUUU